AUGAAUCUCUAUCGUUGUAUACAAUGCUUUUGCUUGGUUCUUCUUUCUUGUCCUAUUGGCACGUCGACAGGAAUAAACGAUGUUACUUCUCGAACUUUUUCAGUUUCUGAAGUCGAGCCAAGCGAAGUCGUUCAUCCGGAAGUUUUAUCUCUUUCCAAUGAAGAUGUACAACGAUGGGCAAAUGAAAAUGAAACGCUUGUACUCGAAAAUGCCCAACUUAACUAUCCGUUGGCUGGUAAAAUCGGUCAUCGUGUGGCAAAUGCAUUCGUUGGUACUGUAUUCAAAGCUUAUUCGAAUCAUUAUCCACUUGAGCUAAGUGUUGAAGAUAUUUGGGUAGUCAUUGCUCAAGGUGUUAGUAUACAUCUGAAUGAAAAUGCAGAGAAAUAUCGUCAAUUUUUCGUAUCGCAUGAAGACAAAAAGACAUUAACGUUAUAUGUAGAUGACCUUCGAAUUUCGAAUGUGGACAGAGUAUCAGGUGAAAAUCUAUCGAUACCAGCGAUCGACUGGCCAAAGGCUGUACAUUUGAUGGGUAAUUUAAUAAAAGAAGAUAUGAGACGUGAUCUAGCCAGUGUGAUUUCAAAGCCUUUUUCACAAACAACAGCUGUGCAACAGACAGUAUUAGACGCAUGUUUAAUGGAUACUGUUAAAAAAUACUACGCCUACGAAUUUGGUUUACUCUGUGGCAUUCCACAAGUGACUUUGAUUGGUUCACCAGACGACUUUCAAUCAGUAUUAGACCGUUUGAAUCAAUUGAAAGUAUUCUUUCCUGAUUUGCAUUGGUGGCUCGAUCCACUAUUUUCGCAUGUUCAAAACUUUAAAGAAAGUGCUGAAGGAAAUUCUGACAUUGACUGGUGGAGAAAAAUUUGUCAUGAACAUUUUGAAGGAUCUGGUGAUACCGCUUUGACUGGAUGGCUUAUUGAUUUUAUCCCGUACAUAGCCGAUGGUCAUGGACACUAUAGAAAAGCUCGACAAAGCUAUAGUCUUACAAACACUGAAGAAGUAACUUAUGGUAUCGAUUUUUCUGAUUUCAAUGAAGCCGUUACACAAACAGAUUUUAUUCUUAAUGAUAAUGGAGUGAAGAACAAUAUGAAAAUCAUUGCCGGUUUUCUUGGCAUCGGGCAGAAUCCAACAACGAAAGCUCUUCGACCGGUUCUUGGUUGGUUGACAGCUAUUCCAUCAGCCAAAGCUCCCAAUAGAUUUUGGGAUGAAAUGUAA